AUGCAGGGCAUCUUUCCCACCAAAGCUUCUGCAUCGGUCACUACUUCUCAAGUCACCGUAUCCUCGUCUCCUUCUCCCCCAGAGUCCUCAUCCAAGACCCUUACCACCCCCGAGCUCGACCAAUCUCCCGUCCUGGGUUCGCCUUGCUCUUCGGGAUCAGUCCGCAAGAACAAACGGCCUCCUCCGGUCAAGAUACCUCAGUCUCAAUAUUCCCCGCCGAUUCCACCACAUCAAACGUUUUCGCACGGAUCCAUCGUAUCUGAGCAGCCCGAUGUGACCAGCGAGGACGAAGACAUCCCCAUCUAUUUCGGAGAUCUUCCUGCACACCUCUCCGGGCGUCGACCUAGUCCUGGCAUUCCACUGGACGCGAGCUACGAACAUUGCGGCUUCCUCUCGUCUCGAUCGAGCUCCUUUGGCAACUGUCUACCUACCUCGCCUUUGCCCAAGCUAUCUGCGGGUUUGACAGAGUCAGGAUCGUACCGUCAUCCUCUCGAACAGCUCGACUAUACCAAAGACACCACUGUCAUCAAAGGAUUUUACGGUCCGAUCAAUCCGUUUGCGGCCAGUGCACCCACGACGUGCAAGAUCAAUCCUCUAGUCGCCGUCACUCCGCCUGUCGAAGCUAUAGGUCUGGGUCUACUAUCUUCCCAUACUCGAAAGCGUCCACCUCCGAGAGAUAUCACUUCUAUCAGCCUCGAUAAAGGAUACGGCAAAACCUUGAAAGGGUUACCUCCGGGAGGCCUUUCCGUACCCGCUUCUUUGCAGACGUCGAAAUUGCGCAGAGAGAUCGGCGGCCUUGGGCAUAUCAGGUCCAACUCGAACGAUUCUACAUUUACCGUCUCGGCUUACGAAGGCCUUCCUUCGGACACGCCACAACAGAACAGCGUCUCCCGGUUUGGUUCCCAGUUGGGGGACGAUCAAACUCUGCUAGCCCGACGACACAUGCUCCUCACCGACCAGAUCUCACCGAAAAGCGUCUGCCCUCCGCCUCCGUAUCCGGAACAGGAGCAGCGAUCGAGAACAAAGACGGAACCCACCCCGACAUCCCCCACUUCAUCGACCCAUGCGGAGGCCGGAUUCUUCCUCUCACAGAUGGACAGUUACCUCGCCCAACACGCGGAAAACCAUCAUCCUUUCAAAGCUCAGAUCCGCGUGCCUCAAUUCGGGAGUUACGAAGCCCCAGCCCGAUCUGAGAAACCGACGUUGAUGCUCGACACCUCAUGCCUCCUGCCUUCCAAGCAAGCUCGGAGCGCUAUCGAGGCGACGACGAACCGCCGCAUCAGUCAUCUGAGAAACAACUCGGGUCCCGGUCAGACUGCUUCAGCAUCGGCCCUAGCUUCAGCCUCAGCUUGGACCCCACUCCGCCGAGAUUUCGACCAGAGCACUACCAUUCAAUUACACAUCGAUCAGGAGAACUACCGCACCCAACAGCCCAUAUUCAAGUAUACCCGUACGCGGAGCGCCAAAGCGUUUCAGGCGCGACCUAACGGACGGCCUCACACCGCGGGAAGUGUAAGGGAUACGGGAAAGCAGCCUUUUGCCGAGACGGGCUGCGUGGAAUUUCGGAUGGAGAAAAAAGAAUUGUGGCCGUACCAUUAUUCGGCUCUGGAACCGCUGCCGACCGUGCGCAGGAUCUUGAUCAACGGGGACGUGAAACACAACUACAUCAAACGCCGUGUUUCCCUCGGACUGCGUACCAACGGUGUAUACCAAGUCUUUGGGACUCACGAGAAGGGCGAGGUAGAAUGGAAAUUUGAAUACGUCGUUGAAGAUAGGCGUUCGGAAGCCACGGGCAAAGCCAUCAGCGGGGAGAGGGUCAUCAUGCCCCUGACGUUUUCGUGCACACCCGACUUUCUCGAUAGCAAUCCAGCCAUGCGGACGGGAUUUGUCGGCAAGGUCAGGAGGACGGUCACCCCUCCCGUCUUUGCGACCCGAGUCCCACCGCCCAGCUUGAGCGCCACAUCGAGCGAUCAGUCGCCGUCUCGGACCGGGCGCAAGACCCCGUUGUUCUCUUUCUCCAGGACAGACAGCUCGAUCUCCACCGAUCAAACCUCCCCCGCAAGUCAACAUCACGACAGCCCACAAGAUACUACCCGACCGCUCCGUUCGAAAAUCUCCGCUUCUCUACUGCCCUUUGGAAGCAAAUCCAAGCGCCCAUCCACCGCCCAGCCUCGCAUGCCGUCUAGCCCGCUCUCCCCGUUAGCCACGAGCGUGUCGGUCAGCUCGAUCAGUCCCGGUCGAAAACUCUCGUCGAACAGCGAUACGAAAAGCAAUCUUGGGUCCAGGUCGCCGGAGACCUCUUUCAUCUCGCUCGACGCUGGCGUCACGCCGUUACUACCCAGCCAAAAGUCAGCUGGAUUUAUAGCCAGAUGGACGCCCAAAUCCAUUCUCAGAAAAAACGACCCGCCACAGCUGCUGGACACCAUUGAAAGACUGUGGCGCCUGCCAGACCACGAACGACCGUGA